CAUAUAAGGUCCCUCUCCUCUCAAACAAAUCAACACAUUAAUUACCUCAAACAACAAUGUUUCUGUUUCCUUAGCGAAAAUUGAGGAUAAUACUUUGGAACAGUACUGUUGAUCAAGCUGACCAAGAUGUUUCCUUUACAACGCGGCAAUGAGCUGGUGAUCCAAUUUUCUAAUGCUCUCCAACCGCAACACAAAAUCUCUAAAGAUCUCGUUCCGGAUGAUCACAACAGCGAUAAUUCUCCCCUUGUCGCUUAUUCAGAUAAAAAAUUGAGUACCAGCCGCCACAACAAACUCUUUUAUGCGCCUGAACCAAGUCAACCUAAUUCUGCAGAAGAAGAACAUGCAAAAAAGAUGGUUCACAGAGAGAUUGAGAGGCAAAGGAGGCAAGAAAUGGCAACCCUUCAUGCCUCUCUUAGAUCCCUUCUCCCUCUUUCCUUCAUCAGGGGAAAGAGGUCGAUAUCUGAUCAAAUGAGCGUGGCGGUGAAUUACAUAAAGCACCUGCAGAAGAAUAUUAAAGAAUUGAAUGAGAAGAGGGAUAAUCUGAAGAAGAAAAUUGCCAUAAAUUACAGCCUCGAAAGCCGUGAGAAGAAGCAUGAAUCUAGUGGUUUCACUGUCCACCAAAAAAGUUGUGGAACUGUGGGGAUUGAAUUCAGUGGAUUGAGUGAGGAAGUGGUUUCACUUUCUAAACUGGUGGAACUAGUGUUAGAAGAGGGACUUGAAGUUGUUUCUUGUCUUUCAACUAAAGUCAAUGGCAGACUACUCCACAGUUUGCAGUGUGAGGUUGUCAAUUCCGACAGUGUAGAUCUAUCUGAACUGAGAAGAAGAUUCUCCGAUGUAAUUCCAUCAUUUGGAGUUUCUGAAUAAAUUUGGAUAUUUCUAGGCUCACUUUCUAACUUGUUCUUAAUUUGUCACUGUGUUACACUGCAUAUAUGUUGGACACUCUUUUAAUGAACCUUCUACUUUAAGUUUUGGGAAGAGAAGGGACAAAACUUGUGUAGAUAAAAUUUGAGUCCUCUUUCUCUUAAUAAUGUAUACGCUAUUUGAAAUUUAACAUGAUGGAGAGAGUUAAAGUUUCAUUGAGUUUAUAACCUCAUUUGAUCUCUAAUUACAUGACAGAAUUACUUACCCCUUGAGAAAUCUGUUGGCCACUAUUAUACAAUUAAUUUCGUGAUAUAUAGAUAUAAUGACUCGUCUGUUUAUUGAUUGAUCAUAAUUUCACACUGAGUAAUUAAUUGGUAGAAGUAUUCCUUCUGAUUUUAACAUGUUUCUUAGGUUUGAAUUAUUUUCAGGUUGAAUGUUGAAAAUUUGCCCAAAGACUGUGGGGACCUGCAUAAAAAUGUUUAAAUUCGUCUUUUAUUAAAAAUUAUUUACCUUUAACAAAAGAAUGGUAUAUAUGUAAUAAGAAUCUUUAGACUUCGUGACCAUAACUAUCUCAAAACUCAAAGCUUUUAGGUAUAACAGCAUCAUGAUUAUCAAACAAAAAAAAAAAAGUGCCC